GAUAGAUGGAAGAUGGAUAUUGCAGCUUUAAGACCGGAAAAAAAAAUAAAAAAAUAAAAACAAAUAAAAACAAAUUACCUACAAAAAGAAAAAAAUAAAAACGGAGUGAAGGGUGGGUAGGUAGUUGCGGCCGUGUCGAGGGGAAGAGAUGACGACUCUUCUGGUAUCGCCGUGGACGACCAAGACCUUCUUCAUAUUUUCUCGCAUAAAUGUCCUCAGAAAAUCCCCUCACUCUUCCCUUCCUUUUCUUCAUUUCCGCCCCUCCUUUACGCUAUUCUCUCCGCUUUCAUGUUCUUCUCCUCCUCUCUUAAUGGCCGCUUCAUCCUCCUCUCCUUCAUCAAUCACCAAUCCUCCGACCUCACCUGGAGAUGUUUCCGAUGUAUUUCAACUGAUUCAAGCACAUCAGGAAAAAGCUGCUCGCCUUCCUCCAAUUGAGGAGAUUCGAACUGUGCUUGAUCACAGUGUGCGCGGGAUGCUAUCUACCUUUUCUCAGAAGCAUGAGGGCUAUCCAUCGGGGUCAAUGGUUGAUUUUGCCUGUGAUGCAGAUGGAUCCCUAAUAUUAGCAGUCAGCAGCCUGGCGAUUCAUACAAAAGACUUAACUGCUAAUCCGAAAUGCUCAUUGCUUGUGGCUAGAGAUGUGGAGGACAGGACUGAUUUAGUAAUCACCCUGCACGGUGAUGCUAUUUUUGUUUCUGAAAAUGAGAGAGCUGCCAUUCGUACAGCAUAUUUGGCAAGGCAUCCAAAUGCAUUUUGGGUUGACUUUGGUGACUUCCAAUUUAUGCGAAUCGUACCAAAAGUUGUACGGUAUGUUUCAGGGGUUGCCACAGCCGUAUUAGGAUCAGGAGAGUUCAGUGCAAAAGAGUAUAAUUCUGCAAAAGUUGAUCCGAUUGCUCAGUUUUCUAAACCUGUUACGUCUCACAUGAAUAAAGAUCAUGCUGAAGAUACAAAAGUUAUCGUGCAACACUGGACAUCAAUUCCGGUGGACUCUGCUUAUAUGCUGGAUUUGGACAGCCUUGGUUUCAAUGUUAAGGCUGGUUAUCAAGGGAACACUUUCAAGCUUCGAGUACCUUUCCCUAGACGUGCAGAAGAUAGGAAGUGAGACACUUUAUUUGAAAGAACUCGGAUGUGAAGACUCUUGUAGUGGAAAUGCUUCAAGCUGCUAAGCCUCAAACUGGUUGAUCUCAGAUCAGAAAAGAAAAGAUACAUGUUUAAUAAACAUAUUCUGGUUAUGUUGGAUCGUGCAGCGCAUAGCAAUUGCCUUCUCUGGACGUGGAGAGAUUCAAAAUCAUGAAAAAUGCGAAAAAGAGAAUUCUGGUGGAAAAAGGGACAAAUAGAAUAGGUGUUCUUUUGGCUUAUUUCUCAUCUAUGCUCAGGCGUUUUAUUUAUGGAAAAGAGGCUGUUGUGGUUAAA